CGCCGGGCCGGCAGUCGCCCCUGCAGCCUCCGCCGCCUCGCAGCCACAGAGAGCAGCCAUGGCCGCCCGACACCUGCUCCCACUCGCGCUGCUCUGCGCAGCCGCCAAAGCUGCGCUCUGGACGCCGCUGCCCAGCUACAUCACGCCCUGCUCGCGGAACGAUCCCGACGUGAGCGGCUGCGCCCUCAAGUCCGGUCGAGCCGCCAUGAAGGACUUCAUCAACGGGGACCGUCAGUACCGCAUCCCAUCGCUGAACCCGUUGCGCAUCGAUACGCUGGCUGUGGACGAGGGCUCGGGGCCGCUGGGGCUGGCCUUCACCGCCAACAACGCAACUGUCUAUGGGCUUGCUGACACAAGUAUCGAUGACGUUAGGAUUGAUCUCAAAAACCAGCAUGUGGAGUAUGAUUUAACAAUGCCACGCCUUGAGCUCCUCUGUAUCUACAAUGUAAGUGGGAAGGUGCUUCUAUUGCCCAUUGUUGGGAAUGGGCCAGGCAAUAUAACACUGAUUGGUGUGAAGAUACGCUACAUAUAUGAUUUUGGGUUUGAGUCCCGAACACGUGAUGGUGAGACUAAAUCAUUUGCCAUUCCCAAGAACAGCAAAUUGGAAUACAAUGUCACACGUGCCUACAUCCACCUCGAUAAUCUCUUCAAUGGUGACAAAUUAUUAGGGGAAACAACAAAUAGAGUACUGAAUGAAAACUGGCAAGACCUCGCUAAGGAAGUAGGACCUACGAUAGCAGAGGCCAUUGGAGAAGUCAUGCGACAAAUUCUACAAAAUAUUUUUGAUGUUGUAUCCUAUGAAGAUGCUUUCCCUGAUAAAGUGUAACAACAACACACAGUGAUGGAGAUGUUGUACACCUAUGCAGUGAAGCAACAGAGCUCCAGUCUGCUGAAUCCACAUACCUAUUGGACAAGAUUAAUCAAUGUACUGUAUACCAGCAGGCUAUUGUCUUGCUGAACAAACCUAAGAAUAACAAGGGUGCUACAAGUUUGCUCUUUACUUGUGCAAUUUAAUUCAUGCCAGGACUGAGCAUGUACAAGAUACUUGGUAACCUACCCAAAAAUUUAUGUACUUGUUUAUUAAAAAGAUGUGAAUUAACUUGUAAAUGGAUACUGAGCAAAAGGUACAACCAGGCUUUCUUUGUGUGUAAAUAAUUGUCAUUUUUGGGAAGAGCAGUCCUCUUGACCUGUUACACAGAUUGAGACACGUAGGAUGUAACACUUUUUUUAUUUCAUGAAUGGUUCCAGAUAUUGAAACAAGGUUUUCUGCUGUUUAGAGUAUGCUGAGGGGUACAUAAUGUUUUGUAUGGAUAAUUCUCUGAAUUCUGGUCUCAACUGAAGUGUUGAAACAAGCAUGUUUUUUUUAUGGAAAUAUAUACUAUUUAUAACUGCAUUGAGUAGCUCUUGGAAAUACAGUUACAUUGAUAUAGUACUUCUUAAUAUAGAUGUUGAGCCUUUCACAAAAGCAUCCAUGAGAGGUACUACAAUGGGAAAGAAAUGUGGUCAGAGCCAGCUAUUGUGGUGUAAACAAUACUGAGCAGAGCUCUCAUGCCAGGCUCCAUCAUCAUAAGCAGCAGGAUAGGCCUAUGUUACCAAGAUAAAACCUCAUGUAGAUACAGUGCCUGGAGACACCUGAAUGCAAAGAUAACACACCUGCUGUUGGACAAAUGUCUCUAUAAGUACUACUCAAAAAUGUAAUUAGAUGGAACUUACUUUAAAUAAACUAAACAUUUUAUGUAGAAUGACUGACAACAUGUCACCCACAAAUAAAUACUUUUAUUAAUGAAAUAUAGUUGAACACUUUACUUAAACAUGCACUCAAAUUGUUUACCAUUAACUGCAAGGCACAUCUGCAAUCACUGUUCAAGAGAUAGAUGAAGAUAUGAAAGUAUAUUUGAUGAUAUAACAUUGCAUGCUGUGAUGAAUAGAUACUGCAUAUCAUCUUGUGUAUUUGGGGCUUCUUAGUAAAUUCCAUCUUUCAAAGCUCCCCAUAGAAAGAAAUCAAGUGGAGUAAAACCAGGAGCCCUGGCUGGUGAUUGUACUGCAGUGUUCCAUCCUGUCCAAUGGCCAGGAAACAUUCCAUUCAGUGUUUGCAUUGCAACACAGGAAGAGUGAGCUGUUAGGUGUCAUGUUGAAACUGCAGACACUGUCGCUUCACCAAUGGUACCUCUUCUAGAAAAACAGGUAGAAUGUUCAUAAGAUAGUGUGUGUACAUACUUCUGUUUAACAUCCUUAAGUAAGGUCCCAAGAUGCUGCACCCUAUGCUUAUGCUCUAAGGUUGUUAGUGUUGUACCUAAUGAAGUCAGAGUGGAGUUUCUGCUGCCUAGUAGUGUAUUUUAAAUAAAUUUAUGUUACUGUGGUUUAUAAAUGUUGCUACGUUUGUAAUGAGAAUAUGUUGGAAAACCUAGUGUUGCCUCCCAUGUGAUGUGGAGUAAGUCAGCAAAAUUCUGUGUGUCCUCCAAGUGCCUGAUGUAAUGACAGAUGGUAGGUCUGGACAUUAUGACAAUGUAAGAUGCAAGUGACACUCAUCUGGCUGAUCCCACAUUUUUCAAAUUUUUUUGCAACACAUCUCAUGCACUAUGUGCAUUGAUGAACAUCACAGCCAGACUAACUUCUUCAUGUUUUCUGUCAGUUGUAGUCUUUGCCCUUGACCACUCUUAUCUGUGUUAACUCUGUUAACUGUAUUAACAUUGAAGCUGCCUAUUUGCACUAAUGACCUAAAAAUUCAUGCGAUUGCCUGGUGUGACAGACAGAAACGAUCAGUGUAGACAUGCCUAUAUCACUGUACCAUUUCAACAGCAUUUCAGUGACAUUUGCUGUAUAAAAGUAAUAUGUAUAACUUCUCCUUAUUGGUGUAUAUCUGCAUGCAAGGAAUUUUGAAGCAGAAAUGACCAGCCAGUAGAUGAAAUGGUUGCUGCUAGUUGUACAAUGCAAACAAGCAUACAGUCAAAAGGCUUACUCCAAUAAUGUAGCCUGACAUGAGAGUGUUUACAAUUCAAUAAUUGAUUCCAGCCAACUUGCUUCUCAAUUUUAAAAUAUUUCUCAGAUUCUGUUGCAAAGCAUUUCAACCUCAAAAUUAACUAUCGCUGUAUGUGUCCUUAAAAGCACUUUUGGAUAGCAAUAAAAAGUAGUAUAUCAUUCUAUUUAAAAAAUCGUACUAGCUUCAAUAUAUUGAUUGCUACAAGAGUUAAAACUUCUUAUCACAUAACAAAAGUACAUGACCCUAGUGCACUAUCAUUUGCUGAAUACUUGUGUUGAUAUCUGGAAUCAUUCACAAAAUGAAAGGGUUGUUAGAUCUUAUGUGAUUCACCCUGUAUAAUUAGUGUAAACUACAAUAUACUUCCAUAAUUUAAAAAAAAUUAACACAUUUUUACACUUAAUGAACACUGGUUGCCAAGCAAAGUGUGAAUAAUUAAAUUUUUGCUGUAGAGUACUCCAGAAGUCUGAAGCAGAAUGAAGAGUAUUAUUUUUAUAACGUGAAGUAUGUGAUAAAUGUGAAAAGUUCAUAAAAACUGCAGUGUUACACUGAUGUAAAUGACAGGGUAAAAUAAAGUAUAAAUACAGUA